AUGGCCGAUGCCACGUUCGGCGGGUACAGCCGAUUCGACCUGGAGCUGGAGUUUGUGCAGUGUCUCGGGAAUCCCGCCUAUCUCAACUUCCUCGCGACCCAGAAGCUGCUCGACCGCCCCGACUUCGUCGCCUACCUGGCCUACUUGCGCUACUUCGCCGAGCCCAAGUACGCCUGCUACCUCAGCUACCCCGGCCCAACUCUGCGCGCGCUCGAGCUGCUCCAACAGGAGAAGUUCCGCAAGGAAAUCCUCCAGCCUACCGUCAUGCAUCGCAUGGUGGAAGAAGGAAUCAAGGCGGCCACGGGCGACAGGACGUGA